CCUUCGGCCACCAUUAUGAUCAUCGAUCCAGACCUCAUCAGCCACGAUGAGAUGUUCUCCGACAUUUACAAGAUCCGGGAGAUCGCGGGCGGGCUGUGCCUGGAGGUGGAGGGCGAGACGGUCAGUAGAACGGAGGGUGACGUUGAUGACUCGCUCGUUGGUGGAGAUGCCUCCGCUGAAGGCCUGAAGGGUGAAGGUACGGAAAGCACAGUAGUCACUGGUGUGGACGUUGUCGUGAGCCAUCACUCGUAG